AAUAUAUGACGUAACAAAAAUGCCUCGCGCUUUUUAUGGAUGAUUCUAUUUGCGGCAUUGACAGAGGGCGGUUAGGCAUAUGUAACCUCAAACAGAUAAUUUUAAGCGUUGAGAUAAAUUUAUCUUGUUGACAUUUAUAAUAAUUUUUGUAUACCCAGAUUUUGCAACUUAACUGUAAAAAAUACACCUUCAAUUCAUAUAUGAAUAAUAAAACUUUUGAUAACAUUAAAAUAAUUUUAAACACACUUAAUGACAUGAAUCUACAACAGGACAAUACUUCUUCCAUUAAUGACAUAUAACAUUCGUUUUUGCCUUUUUGACACCAACUUUGUUCUCAUUUUUCAUUUUAAUGAUAACAUUUAGCUAUUGAUCAGUGGGUAAAUAAGAAUAAUCAUUUUUUUAUAAUAACCUAUUACAUUUCACGCUAAUUGUGAGACGAAACCUAAAUGACGUCUAUAUUGGCGCCGCCAUUUUAAAAUGAACGUCACGUCAGGUUACAACGUAAGUCAACGGGAAAAAAUAUAAUUUUAACAUUUUGACCAUAUUACUGACUUUAUGAAAAAAUGAAAAACAUGCCUAGAGAUAUUGACGUCAUGGUUAACAUGACAUUAAUUUAAAUGAUUCAACUAUUAUAUUAAAUAAAAAAAUGUAAUGUUCAAAUUUGAUGGGACAGAUUAUAGUCAUCUUAUUCAAUUAAUGUUUCAUUUAUUAUUAAUUUUGUAAAAGAUCGAUAGAUUCCAGUGCCGCUAAAAUGGGCUGAAUGCAUCGUUAGUAAUCUGUCAUAUGGUCGACAAUAAAACAUUAAUUUGGUCUGAUAUGUUCGAGUGUUGAAGGUAUCCGCAACGUAAUGAAGGAAUUACGAGUUAUGAGAUAUGUACGGCUUAACGGCAUAAGUCGUAAUUAGAACCGAUGACUUAAAUGAGUUUAUAUUUUGAUCAGGCUAAAACGAUAGGUUUACGAAAUAUUUCUUUCGUCACUGUGUAAUCUGAUAAAACGGUAUUCAUCGCAUUAUAUCGAGGUAUCGUUAUAUCUUAAACUUGAAUAUUCAAGAUAGCAAUCUAUCAAGGUAUAAUAGGUUGCUUCAAAAUACUUGAUGCAAAGAUAUUUCAGACAAAAUUUUACACAUAUACUUUAUAAUAAAAUUGUUCCUUUAGGCAAAACCUGGAGUAAGUAAUUAUGCUUCCUAGCUUACUUGCAAAACAACCUUAUGUGCCUUUGAAGUGUCAGUGUUGUUCGUUUGUUAUACAUUGUUUCAUUUCUCAUUUGACAGUGUUUAUUUUAUUUCUGCCAUUGUUUAUAUCAGAGUUAUUGUAGCAUUGUUCAAACCUUUGCUUCGGUAUUUUCCUGUGUGACACGGGGAUAUUUUGUGGAACAAUAUUCAUUCCUUUGAAUAUAUUGUAUUUAGUAUUGUUGUGAAUACAUGUACGUAAACCCUUUCAGGAAUAAUCGACAGUACACCUUUUAUUCAUACAAUUUUAUUCAACCAAUAACAGGAGCCACGAACAAAUUAAAGAAAAAUAACUCAAUAUUUUUUAUUGCAUUUAAAUUUACAUUUUUCACUUAUUACUUAAUGUAUGAUAAUGUCAAAAUUAAAAGUAAAUCGAUGCUGUUCUAUCUUGCAAAAACCCAAUAACACAAUUAUUUCUUCUUAAAAGUUUUGAUAUAAUUGUAACUUGAUUUCUGUGUAUGAGUAUGACUAUGACACGAAUUCCACCAAAAUCUGUUAUAGGGGUGAUCUUGUACAAAAAUAUUACAUCGAAAAGUUAUAAAUCAUAUAUGUGGCAAUAUCUGUUACAAAAGUACUGAAAUAUGUUAGCAAAAAACAUUAAAGUGACAUUAUGCUCAUAUUUUCAUGGUCAAGUUGAGCUUAAUUGACUUUAUAUUAAAAAAUAAUGACUGCUUGAAUGAUGUAAAACCAACUGUUUAUAUUGGAAAAUGUUUAGGAUAAAAUUUCAAAUCUGGCUUAAAUAUAAAAAAAACUGUCCCAUUCUGUAUAUAAAUUGAACGGUACAGGUAAAUUCUGAUAUUUACAGAAAUUCCUUUUGAAUCAGGCCGCUUUUUUGUUUAUGGAAAGUAAAUUAUUAAAUCCAAAGGAAUUAUGGCAAAAUGAAAAAUUAUUUUCACUCUCACAUGUUCACUCCCUAUAUACCUUAAGAUUGGCAUAAUAUCACUUUAACAGUCUGUCUUUAUAAAUUUAUUAAAUUUACUAAUAUGAAUUUGAAAAUAAUGACAGCAACCACAAACAAACUGUUAUUCUUUAUCAACAUAAAUUCUGACUAUUUUCAGGUAUGGAAAAUGGCUGGAGCGGGUUGGGCACUGGCCUUUAUAAUGUCAUUACCGGUGAUGGGUAUAUUUCAUACAAAAGCUAACAGCGAAAAUGGGAAGAUAUACUGUGAAAACAUUUUUCGCAAUCUUCCACUUCUGCACAGACAGAUAUGGGUCACAUGGAAUUUUUUCGUUGUGUUCUUUGUACCUUUGAUCAUGUUAGUUGUUUGCUACACGAGAAUAUUUUUGAAAAUAUCUAGAAAAGCUAACCAGAACAGCGUCAAACAUAAGCCAGGAAAAUUGUGUUUGCAAAGCACACAUUCGAGAUCCCUGCCUAGGGCCAAGCUUAAAACGCUGAAGAUGACAUUUGUGAUAAUUCUGACGUUUAUUGUCUGCACGAUGCCAUACUUUAUAGUAGAAAUGAUAAUGAGUUAUGGUAAUCAUUGUAUCAUUUCCAAGAAAUUAUACGCACUUUUGGGCGGUAUGGCUGCUUGCAAUUCAGCGACAAAUCCCUAUGUAUUUUUGCUAUUCAAUGUACAAUUUAAUAACCUUAAAAAGCUGUGUAACUGCAAAGAAUCGGAUAGUCCUAUGAGUAGGGGACAGCAAUCCUGCCAUACUGGGACAACGGGAGUAUCAUCCCAUUCAACAAUUCAUAAGAACAAUAUAAAUCCAAAUCCAUUCUUUCGUCAGGAUACAACAGAUAGCCAAAUGGAAAUGAAAGUUAUGUUUCUUGGAAAAUAAUCAUGCUUCACCAUGGAGAGCAUUAAUGUGCAAUUGAAUAACACAUUGGAUUCCUAGAAAAAAUCAUGUUACUGAUUAUAGUGGAUUGGUCAAUUUAAACAAAUAUGUAAAUAUUAAAAAAACACUAGAAGUGUAUCAUAGUGAUUUAUAUAAUAUGUCGUUCAAAGUUUUAAGUGAUUU